CGAACGCCGACGUACUUUUAUCUUCAGGAUGGUAUGACGGAAGAAUGAUCAAGUGUCAACGGGGCGUACAUAUCUGAGCUCUGUCUGUGAUCGGUGUAUAUGCAUAGCCUCAGAAACAUUCAUCGAUCACGCAAAUCGAUCAAUAUACUACAUAAGCAGUCGUCAUUGGACACAAUUCUUGUUUUUCUUUCUCAACACAUCAUGCGAGUUUUCCUCAAUCACUCUGCUUUGAUUGUUGUGUAUCUUUUCACUUGCAUAUUCGAGACAAUGGCCGGAUUUGGGAAAGACAAGAAUAAAGCCAACUAUCAACCAGCUUAUGCUCAGCCAUAUGCUGCACCUUCUGGAUCCUAUCAUCCUCAAUAUCCACCAACGGCAUAUCCACAUCAUCCAUAUCCACCUUCAGGAUAUCCUCAACAGCCUGCAUACAAUCAAUAUCCUCAGUAUCACAGUGGAUCAAGUAGCUCUUCAAGUCAUUUAUUACAAACAGGCGCUGCUGCAGCCGUUGGAGCAGCAGUUGGAACGGUAGCAGUUGGUGGCGCUCAACAUGCAGCACAUAAAAUUCAUCGAAAGGUGAAUCAAGCAGGUCAUUUACUCGGUCAUAUGGUUGGUGCUGCCGUUCGUCCACCGCAUAUACCACAUCUUCAUGUUCCACACGUUGGUCAUAUUCCAGGCUUGCAUCUUCGACCACCCGGUCCUCAUGGUCAUGGUCCCCGGCCUCGACCGUGAAAAUUGGGUAGAAUCCGACGAGGUAGAGGGAAUAGUAUUGUGAGCCAGCUCUUCCAUCCAGAAUGCAUCCUUACCUACUUCGUCUAUGUAUACUUUGUUCAUGAAAUAAGUAAUGUUCAUUGGUCUUGCGUUGCAUAUUGAAGCUGUGCUAUAGGCUGCGUAUAUCAUAUCAUUUUUGUUGUACGCUCCGAUGAUGUUUAGAAGCAUACCUAC